AUGGUUGAACAAAAAUUUGAGGACCAUGUUUUGUUAUCAACUGGUAAAAUACUAAAUGUUUCUAACAAAUCUAAAGAAUCUGACUCUAAUUUGGACGACUCUGAUCAGGUUGUUGUAGAGAGGGUUCGCAAUGUUUGGGGAAGCAGUUCCGGGGCAGGUAGCGACUUCCUUGAUAAUUACCGCAAACAGAGAGCCGUUGAAAUGCAACGGCUUGAUGAAAUGGACAAACAAUGGAGAGAAGACAUGGAAAACAAGCUGUUUCAGUCUCAACGAAUGCACCGAAUAAAGAAAGAAUCUGAAAAGGCUCUCAAAAGAAAAAUUAAACGGGAUCGCAAAAAAAAGAAAACAUCAUUUUCUAAAAAAUCAAACACACCUGAGGAUGCUUAUACCAUAAACUCAGACCAGUUAGACCGUGUCGAGGAGGAUUCUACUGGCGAAAACAUUCAAAAUGGCAAAUCUGAUAAUGAUAAUCAAGAUCCAUCGCCCAGUUUUUCACACUUUCCCGAAGUUUGUGGCGACACCGACGGAUCAGUCAAACCGUCCAAUAAUGCUUCCAACUUUAUCAUCUUGGAUCACUCAUUAAACGAUAUUUAA